ACGUGUGGACUGUAAAAGCCCGUUGGCUGCCGGGAAGAUGGCGGACGCCAGAGCAGCGGCCGAAGCCUGCAAGUGAAGCACGGAGGACUCGUUCCGAUAUCUUUACGGGUGCGGUGGGCACACGGCUGCCCGCUUCUGCUUGUCCGAGCCUGCGGCAGUUUAGCUCGUAUUGCCGAGCGAGUCCAAAGGGGCCGCUGGCCUCGGUGAUGUGGCCGGCUGUUGCCGUCGGUGCAGGAACGGUGCUUUACCAUUAGCGCUGCCCGACUUCAGCCACGAACGGCGGGGUACUCGACCCUAAUCCGCCCUAUCCAGCUGUCAUCCACGGAGGCGUUUUCCCCGUGACUCUCCCUUAGCAGUGUUUUAGGCAUUAAGCGAGCCAGCGCAGCCCCAUUAGUGGGUCGGCUAGCAACGUGCCCCUACCCGUGUUACGCCGCAGCGUCUCCGCCCGUAAGCGCAUUACGGGCCCGCGUCUCCGCCGGACAUGGACUGAAUUAAGACCUCGGGACAGCAAACCCCGAACAUGUGUAACCUUCCACUCUUCGACGUCAGCUGGCUCCACAUACCAUGUUGUGGUUGCCGCACCAGGUCGGCUCCCUAACCCGUGACGCGGUCUUCCUUCUGCUGAAACUCUUCCGCCUGUCGAGCCCCCCAAGCCCAGGCACCUGCAUCAACAUGUACGCUACCCGUUUCUAUGGCGGUGGCGGAGGCGGGGCCAAACAGGGCCGGCGGGCUGGUGUGGUGGGGGCAGGGCUGCCCAUCCCUGAAAACCACCACCAGCCUCUAGCCCCUCAUGCUCAUCUGGGCACUCCGCAGAACUUCCCACCUGUCUAUCAGGGACGGUUGGACGGGCACCGCACCCACUUCCAAGGUCAUCACCACUAUCACCCACAUCCCCAGCCUCACCCACCCCAGCCCCACUACCACCCCAGCGCCCACCUGCACCACAACAGAAAGAAGACUUGGAACUUUAUCCAUGAGAAAAUGAGCUAUGAUACCUUCUUCACCAUGAAAAGGUUGAUCGAUCGCUCACGCAGCGUGGAUGAGGUGUUGCGCUGGGUCACGCAGAACCCCAGCAAGAUCUCCUACAACCACUACCCCAUCGCUCUGCAGAAGAUCGGCCAGCUCCUGCAGCUGCAGCAGGCCGUCGGUGUGACCAUGGCCGGGGUGGAGGGCGCCCUGGCCCCCACGUCCGGAGGGACGGGCGCUGGGGAGAGCCACUUCCGACAGGCUCUGGAGCAGCCGGAAUUCCAGACUCUUUGUGAAGCCAUUGUAAGGGACUGCACCAAAUUUGACAACUUCAGUAUAGUCAACUGCCUCUAUGCUGUGGCUGCAUUAGGCCUCCCCAGCGAAUCACAGAUAGUCCAGGUGCUGGAGGAGGAGUCACGGAGCCGCCUGUCCCAGUUCAACCAGAAGGACAUCUCCAUGGUGUUCAGCAGCAGCAUGAAGCUGCACCCAUCCAGCCAGCACCCGCUCAUCGAGUCCUGCUUGUCAGGCCUGGAGAAGAACAUCGAGCGAGAGCGCCACCCACAGACCCUAUUCCUGUUGCUGUCCUACUAUCGACUCAAAUGGCGUGCCCUGCAGGCUGAUGGGCAUUCCCCCGAACAGCUGCUAGCCAACCGCAAGAUACUAAGACUAGUGAAGCACACACUCGCCAGUGUGAGUAGCGUGCGCGACCAUGAGAUGGCGCUGCUGGAUGAGAUGUUGUCUGCCUGCGCCCGUGAGGCCAGCAACAAAUCCCUGGAGCUCAUUUUUAGCUCCCACCUCUUCUACCAGAAUCGUCAGGAAAAGUUUGUCAGCAGUCUAGCAGAGGAACUGCCUAAGAAGGUGGAAAGCAUCACUCCUUUCACCAUGGCGCUCAUUGCCAAGUACAUCGCUCGCCACCGGCUGCGUGAGACGCGCCUGCUGGACACUAUUGCCGACUUCCUUGUCAAGAAGGGCGAGUACCUAGACAGCAAGGUGAUUCAGAAACUCGUGUUCCCCUUCAGCCGGAUGAGCUACCGACCAUCCAAUGAGACACAGUUCUUCUCCAAGCUGGAAGAGGUGCUGGAGCUCAAAGCUCUGAGCUCCCCACUGGCCACCGUGAACAUCCUCAUGUCUCUAUUCCAACUGGGCCACUUCCCAGGCCUGGUGCUGCACCGCGUCUUCUCUGCCUCCUUCAUUAGUAAUGUCACUAAUAGCCCGUAUGCCCUGAUCGUGAGGCGCUACUUGUCGCUGCUGGACGCCGCCGUGGAGCUGGAGUACCGCGAUUACGACGGGCCGCGCCUACAGGAUGCCCACAAGGUUCUCAUGUUCGACCACGCCUUGACGGCUGACGAGGUCAAUCGCAAGUACAGCUACAAAGGGCUGGUGGCAGAGGCCUUACGGCAGCUGGUGGGGGAGCACGGAUACAAGCAGGACGAGGUGCUGGCCCCCGGCUAUUAUACAGAUUUCCUGUUGUUGGUCGAUAGCUCUGGAAGUGUUCUGCCAAUCAAGGCUGGGGCAGGCUCCCUGGGGGUGGGCGUCACUGGGACCGUCCCCCCCAAGUCCCCAGAGGCACAGGGCUCUUCUGUGAGCAGCCUUGCCUCUGACUUCCAGAAGUUCUCCCCCUUUGUCCAGCUGGAGGACAGCGCCGAGAAGAGGACAGAGGAUGACCUCGCACCUUCUGAGCCCACAUUUCUUCCACAUCUCAUGAGGUCUGCGGCCCCCAGUGCCUCUGCCGCUCAAAGAGGGGCCCCGAAUGGGGGUGGGCCGCUCGACUACAGUCCUUACUACUCCUCGUCGGAUUACUACACCAGCCUGGCAAAGGAGCAGUCUUUGGAGAGUCAGGACAGCUCCACCCUCAGCAGCCCCUCUGAUUGCCUGGCUCAAGCGGUUCCCCAGGGCACGGCCGGGGGGGCGCCCUCCGACUCCCUCUUCCAGUUUUCUAUAGGCAAGAUCCUCGAGGACGAAGGAGCGAGCACAGAAGCAGCACGGACGGCCGACUGUGAGCUCCCCACCUUCUACGAGGGGGUGCCGUACUCCGAUGGGGGGAAAGGGGGCAUGAGUCCUGCCCCGCCAUUGCAGCUUCACGCCGCAGGCUGUCUGGAGACGGAGAGGGCGUCCCGGGAACAAGAGCAGGUUAAGAAGGUGGUCAUGUCUGUGAACGACAAGUGGCACUACUGCCACAACUCAGACGUGCUGGUGGGCUCCCGAGCCAUGCGAGACCGUCACCUGCAGCUGCUGGGCUACGUUAUCUUGCAGUUGCCCUACCUGGAGCUGGAGAAACUGAACGGCAUUGAGGAGGUCAAGCGGUACCUCAACAAAAAGCUACUGGAACUGCACUCAUGACAGCAGCAGUGGUCUCAGAGGGUCGCAGUGCCAGUGGCUGUGGGCAGGCUGGGCAGGGCUGCCCCAGAGAGGAUAUUUUCUGUAACUGUUCCUAAGUCCCUUUUUAUAUCCUGUACUUAAGAAGUUGUGACGCAUGUCAGGUACAGUCCAGGGUUGGAACAAAUAUUCUGCCGUUCGGCAGGGUGGGGGGAAGGUAGUAAUAGGGUCUGAUGGCGAGGGGAUCUGGCUGCAGACUUCAUAUUAUUUUCAGUAACUGAACUCUAUGGUCAUUGGGGAAUCUUGGGUUAAGAACUAAGCAAGGCUUGUUAAUAUUGUUUUAUGAUACUGGUGUACCAAUGUGGGAAUGUAGUUGUGAGGGUAAUUUGGUAUGCAGUACUCUGAAAGUUUAGCAAAAAAAAACUAUACAAAUAUAUAUGUAUAUUAUAUUUUCUAUAUGCUGUAAGAAGAGGUUUCAGUGCAAAGCAAUGCAUGCAGUGAGACCCUUUUUGGCCUAGUGCUGAUCCGUUUGGACCUAGCUGUGGUGCGAUUACACCCGACAUUCACGUGCAUUACUUUAAUCCUGGGCGUUUUGACUCUUGGCAGUGAUUCUCGGAAAGCAGUGAAAUCAGACCCAUCUCAAGAUGUAUUUCUUCCUACAUCUGCUUUGGAUCAAACAAGCCAACCGUAUCUCUAAUAAUAUUUCUCGUUAUAUCGUCCCAAAGAAUGCCCAUUCUGUUACUUUGCGAUCUUCGCUGUAUACUGCUGGGUGAGUCAUGGGCAGGGUGUCACUGAUGGGAAUCAUUAAAAUCAAGGUGUACGUUUCAGUCACCUGCAUUUUGCCUCUGCCUGGAUAUCAGGCUGAUCGUGAACCUGGAGCAGGACGUGGUGUUUCUGUCGUGUGUCAUGUUCUCGUCCCGUAAGAGGCCUCACUUACUGUAUGGUUUGCCUUUGCACUUUGACAGAACCAGCCUAUUUUGCUGAGCUCAGAGAGAGCAGUAAUUUAUUGUUGUCGUGGGAGGCAGAUGGUAUGUGUGCGUGUUUGGGGGGGGAAGUGGGAAGGAAAGUGGGAGUGUUUGUUUAUACAUCCGAGUUAAAAUGUCUAUAUAAAAAAAAAUUAAAAAUACCAAGGGAAACGUCUCCGGCUUCUCUUUGAAUCGGCGAAGCUCCUGCAUACGGCUUUUCUUCCCCGCAGCAAGAGGAUAAAAUUAAAUUUUAGAUGCUGCUCA